GGGGAGUUUGUUUGAAGUUUCGUCUGAAUCUUUGCUCUCUGUGUUUUCCCGGCAGAACUUUUUAAAUUUAAAUUGGCGGUAAGUUAGUAUUUAUUCGCCGGUUCACUACAUUUUUUGAAAGUAUAACGAAACGCAAUAAUAAAUUGCAGUGUAACAUCUUACUGAGUUCAGAGUCUGCGCGAGAAAUAGGCCCCUACGCAGUUGAAUCGCACAUCCACUCGCGGCUCGGCUUGCUAACUCAGUACAGUACAGUAGGCCUAGCUGUGUCAAUAAUCAUCAUACAAACAGUAAAUUCGUUACCGUAGAACGUGAAGGCGGCGGGAUCUCUGCAGAGUGAGUAAAGCUACGACUCAUCUGCCGUCUGUCGGACCGACGACCGCCACCAUCCCCACGUCCCCGACGCGACCGCCACCGCUAGAAACCGCAGACGACGCGGCAUCGACUCUCUCGUGCGUGAAUGCUUGUGUGCGACCCUCGCACGCGUGAACACCCCAGACGAAACGCCGCGUGGGCAUCGUCCGCGCGCAGCAGCAGUAGUGGUGCGUAGAGGAGAAGGAAGAAGAGGAAGAGGAGAAGGAGGAGGACUCUGAGAUCAAUCCGCGAUCAUGGGUUGCGUUCAGAGCAGCGAAGCGAAGCUUGCCUCGGAACGGACGAAGCAAAUCGACAAGGAGUUGAGAGCGGACCAUGAGAAACGCACGCGCGAAGUGAAACUCCUAUUGCUAGGUGCCGGCGAAUCGGGCAAAAGCACAAUAGUAAAACAGAUGAAGAUCAUCCACGAGAGCGGAUACACGAGAGAUGACUGCAUACAGUACAAACCCGUCGUCUACAGCAACACCAUACAGAGCAUGAUCGCCAUCAUACGCGCCAUGGGUCAGCUACGCAUCAACUUCAGAGACCCAGACAGAGCGGACGACGCGCGGCAGCUGUUCGCGCUCGUUAGCGCGUCCGACGAAGGCGAGAUGUCGCCGGACUUGGCGGCCAUCAUGAAGCGGCUGUGGGCGGACACGGGCGUGCAGGAGUGCUUCUCACGCUCGCGCGAGUACCAGCUCAACGACAGUGCCCCCUACUACCUGAACGAGCUGGGUCGCAUCUCGGAGCCGGACUAUGUACCGACGGAGCAGGAUGUGUUGAGGACGCGUGUGAAGACGACAGGAAUCGUAGAAACCAACUUCCACUUCAAGGGACUUCACUUCAAGAUGUUUGAUGUCGGCGGCCAGCGGUCGGAGAGGAAGAAGUGGAUCCACUGCUUUGAGGGCGUCACUGCCAUCAUCUUCUGCGUCGCACUCAGCGGAUACGACCUCGUCCUCGCCGAAGACGAGGAGAUGAAUCGCAUGAUAGAGAGCAUGAGGCUGUUCGAUUCGAUCUGCAACAACAAGUGGUUUACGGAAACCUCGAUCAUUCUGUUCCUCAACAAGAAGGACCUGUUUGCGGAGAAGAUAGACAAAUCCCCGUUGAGCAUAUGCUACCCGGAGUACACCG